CCCCCAUUUCGCCACUUUGUUUUCAUUGGCACUCCUUGUGACCAUGGCUGCUCAUUCCACCGAGGAGCCGUUCCCCUUCCACGGUCUGCUUCCCAAAAAGGAGACCGGCGCCGCGUCUUACCUUACCAGGUUCCCCGACCACGAUGGACGGGGUGUCCUCAUCGCUAUACUCGACACCGGCGUGGACCCCGGGGCCCCGGGCAUGCAGGUCACAACUGAGGGGAAGCCAAAGAUUAUUGAUAUCAUUGACACAACAGGAAGUGGUGAUGUAAACAUGACAACAGUGGUGGAACCCAAAGAUGGAACAGUAAUCGGCCUUUCUGGUAGAACACUCAAGAUCUCUCCUGCCUGGGUCAACCCAUCAGAGAAGUAUCGCAUUGGAGUUAAAAAUGGCUACGAGUUUUUCCCUAAGGCUCUCAAAGAGAGAAUACAGAAAGAACGUAAGGAGAAGAUGUGGGACCCACUACACAGAGCAACGCUUGCUGAGGUCAGCCGUAGCACAGAAGAAUUUGAUCUAUCUCAUCCCUCCCCCUCACAGUUGGAAAAGCUGCAGAAGGAAGAGCUUCAGUGUCAGUCAGAGCUGUUGGCAUCUCUAGAGAAGAAGUACAGUGAUCCUGGGCCCGUCUAUGACUGUGUGCUUUGGCACGAUGGCGUCACAUGGAGGGCUGUUGUGGACACUUCAGAGGUUGGGGAGCUUUCUCAGUGCACUGUUCUGAGCUCCUACAGAGAGUCUCAGGAGUAUGCCUCACUUGGAAAUGCUGAAAUGCUGAACUACUCCAUCAAUAUUUACGAUGAGGGAAACACGCUCUGCAUUGUCACCAGUGGAGGUGCUCAUGGCACACAUGUGGCGAGCAUUGCUGCAGGUUACUUCCCAGACGAGCCGGUGCGCAAUGGUAUUGCCCCUGGGGCUCAAAUUCUAGCUCUGAAGAUCGGAGACACUCGCCUCAGCACAAUGGAAACGGGCACGGGACUCAUCCGUGCGAUGAUUGAAGCAAUCAACCACAAGUGUGACCUGGUAAACUACAGCUAUGGCGAAGCCACCCACUGGCCCAAUUCAGGGAGGAUCUGCGAGGUGAUAACAGAGGCUGUACAAAAGCACAACGUGAUGUUUGUGUCAAGUGCAGGAAACAAUGGGCCCUGCCUCUCCACAGUGGGCUGCCCUGGAGGGACCACCAGCAGUGUGAUUGGAGUGGGAGCUUACGUGACCCCAGACAUGAUGGUGGCUGAGUAUUCCCUGAGGGAGAAGCUGCCUCCCAACCAGUACACCUGGUCGUCCAGGGGCCCCAGUACAGACGGGGCCUUGGGAGUCAGCAUCAGUGCCCCUGGGGGCGCCAUCGCAUCUGUACCCAACUGGACCCUUCGCGGUACCCAACUGAUGAACGGGACAUCCAUGUCAUCCCCCAAUGCCUGUGGUGGCAUUGCACUUGUCCUAUCAGGUCUGAAGCAGAUCGGAAUCAGUCCCUAUGUUCCUGCAGUAAGGAGAGCCCUGGAGAACACAGCUCUGAAAGUUGAAGACAUUGAGGUGUUUGCACAGGGGCAUGGAAUCAUUCAGGUGGACAGGGCAUUAGACUACCUCACUCAGCAUGACUCUUUACCCACAAGCCAGAUUGGCUUCUCUGUAACAGUGGGAACACAAAGAGGCAUCUACCUCAGGGACCCCGCGCACGUUCUAGCACCUUCAGAUCAUGGAGUGGGCAUCGAACCCAUCUUCCCUGAGAACAUAGACAACAGUGAGCGAAUAUCCCUUCAGCUUCACUUGGCCCUCACAUGUGCAGCCCCUUGGGUCCAGUGCCCCUCCCACCUGGAGCUCAUGAACCAGUGUCGUCAUGUCAAUGUCCGAAUCGAUCCUAUGGGGCUGAAGGAGGGACUGCACUAUACAGAGGUGUGUGGCUAUGAUGCUGCAGCCCCUGGCUCUGCUGGUCCCUUGUUCCGAGUCCCGAUCACAGUUAUCAUCCCAACCAAAGUAAGUGAUAUUCGUAAUCAGGAGGUGUGUUUCACAGACGUCCACUUCAGACCUGGGCAGAUCAGACGUCACUUCAUCACUGUCCCUCAGGGAGCCUCCUGGGCAGAGAUCACAUUGACCUCUCACUCAGGGGAUGUGUCAUCGAAGUUUGUUCUCCAUGCCGUGCACCUGGUCAAGCAGAAGGCCUACAGAGCCAAUGAAUUUUAUAAGUUCUCCUCACUACUGGAAAAGGGCUCUCUGACUGAGGCUUUCCCUGUUCUGUCAGGUAAGAUAGUAGAGUUGUGUAUCGCACGCUGGUGGGCCAGCCUCGGUGAUGUCACAGUGGACUACAGGAUUUCUUUCCAUGGCCUCAAUACAUCACCUUCUCCCUUGCACAUACAUGCCUCAGAAGGUGUGACGAGUUUUGAAGUAACAUCUCCUCUGAGGUAUGAGGACGUGUCCCCAAGCAUUACCUUGAAGUCCUGGGUUCAGCCUCUCAGGCCUGUUAGUUCGAAGAUAAAAGCCCUGGGAGUGAGGGACGUUCUCCCUAAUAACAGACAAAUCUACGAGAUCAUUCUCACCUACAGCUUCCACCAGCCCAAGAGUGGAGAAGUUACUCCCAGUUGUCCUAUGCUCUGUGAGCUGCUCUAUGAGUCCGAGUUUGACAGUCAGCUAUGGAUGCUGUUUGACCAAAACAAGAAACUGCUGGGCUCAGGAGAUGCCUACCCCCACCAGUAUUCUCUGAAGCUGGAAAAGGGUGACUACACGGUGCGUCUGCAGAUACGCCACGAGCAGUCCUGCGAGCUGGAACGCCUGAAGGACCUGCCGUUUGUUGUCUCACAUCGCUUGUCCACCACACUGAGUCUAGACAUCUAUGACACACACCGCGCUGCUCUCUUGGCCAAGAAAAAGGCCAACUUCAUCACUCUGUCCCCGGGGGCCACACAACCCUUCUAUAUCACAGCUUUACCAGAUGAUAAGAUCCCUAAAGGAACGUGUCCUGGAUGCUAUCUGACAGGCUCUCUGAUUGUCCCCAAGAGUGAAUAUGGCAAGAAAGCAGAUAUCGUGCCUGUCGUCUACCACCUAAUCCCCGCACCGAACAAGGCCAAGAAUGGAGGAAAGGAGAAGGACAAAGAAGGGGAGAAGGAGAGAGACGUGAAGGAGGAGUUCACAGAGGCCUUGAGAGACUUGAAGAUCCAAUGGAUGACCAAGUUGGACACCACCUCUCUCUAUGAGGAAUUGAAAGAACACUACUCAUCUUACCUUCCUCUGCAUGUGCAGAGACUACACCAGCUGGACUCAGAAAAGGAGCGUUCAAAACGUCUAGAAGAGAUCGUCUCGGUGGCUGACGUAGUCAUAUCCCAUGUCGACCAGACAGCCCUGGCUGUCUACCUCUCCAUGAAGACUGACCCUCGACCAGAAGCAGCCUCCAUCAAGAGUGACAUGGAUAAGCAGAAGUCGUCUCUGAUAGACGCACUGUGUAGGAAAGGCUGUGCUUUGGCUGACCAGCUCACACUGCCCUCCGCCGCUCAAGACGGUGCUGGUGUUGUGGAAUCUGGACCGGUGUCUGCGGAGGGGGCGGGUGAACAGGUGGGCAGCAGUUCUGAUGACCCGCAAAAGUCCUGGGCCGAAGUCCUCACAGAUACUUUCUGGGAGGUUCAGAAGUGGGCAGAGCUGACAGACUCCAAGGUCUUGGCAUUUUCCUACAAACACGCUCUGGCAAACAAAAUGUAUGGCCGAGCCUUGAAAUUUGCCUCCAAGAUAGUAGAGGACAAGCCCAGCAAAGACAACAUGAAAAACUGCAUUCAGCUGAUGCGGCACCUCGGAUGGACGCACUGUGCCAACUUAUCUGAGAACUGGCUCCCGAUCAUGUACCCUGUAGAAUACACGCCGUUCUAGACAUGAACAGAGACAACACACACACAUUCAACAGAGCAACACGUCCAUACCAGGGCCACGCUUGGACACUCAAAUAUCAUCUCCCUCAGGGUCACAUGGUCCAUCCAUUUUAGUGGGUUUUUUUUUUUUUUUUAAAUAAUAAUAAUCGGCAGUAAUUUCGAAGCCUCGGUAAGCAGGGGAUGCUACAUUAACACAGGAGCUGAGGGUGCAUUGCCCUGGCAUGGGUGCACUAAGGGCAACGGAUAGACAGCACCACUACCACCGCUUUUUAACCUGUGGUGAAGCAUCUCUCUCGUUGAGGCAUUGGUCCCUUCUAUGAUGACAGGCCCCCUCAUUAACGGGGCAAAGGUGCUUGCUGAACCUGUUGAGAAUCAAGACACUCGUCCAUCACGGCCGUGUCAGUUAACAAGGUCUCAAUCCAUUUGAAGUCCGUAAUCACCUUAAAGCAACGAAUUGGAUUGUUUCCUUUUUGUUGAAAUUUUACUUUUUUUUAAUGUGUGUGUGUCUGGAACUCUGUCAAAGAGCAUUUAAAUGGUUCUGAUUUUUAAAGUGUAAGUCAUUUAGUCACUGCUUUAUCAGUCAGGUUUCCUUCGUUUUGCCAUGAUUAAAACUGAACGUGUCCCCAUCUACUCAUAUACAUACCUAGCUAUUCAGAGUCCGCAUCUCAUUUAUGUCAAUGACUCAAUUAUAUGAGAUAUACUGUACCGAGGGCCAGUACUCACUCUAGGGAUGCCUCCCAAGUCUGUGUGACCCCAACCCCCCCCCCCUUUAAAAAGAUACUUUCACUUGUUUCUUCUCAAAACCUUUUAUUUUUUAACACACCUUACAAGAACACAAUGCUGCACAAUGUCUUAAGAUAAGAUGUUCGUUAUUAAUCCCCUUGGGGAAAUUGGUCCUGUGCAUUUAACCCAUCCCAACACACACCGUGCUGUCAAGGUCUUGACAGAACCUGUGAGGUUACACAGCUUUUGCUGCUUCUGAUGUUCUCUUUUAGUCCAGACCUGACUAAAAGUGAGAUGUGGGCUAAACUAGAACUUAAAAAAAUAGAUUUUUCUUUUACGUUGAGCUGACUCGGACAUUAGUCAGAUGGUAACGUUUAGCCUUAUCGGUCUUGGGAGUCAGAGCUAGAAUAUGUUGUCUCAGAACACACACGAUGUUGAGGUGCCUUUCUACCAGUGCGGAAAGUUGAAUCAGUUCAUCUGGACACAACGUUUAGUGGGAGAAACAUUUCACCACUCGUGCAGUUGACUUCGUCAGGCUCAACUGACUGCAGGUAUCCCCCAACCUUAUAAACAGCACAGUUGAAUAACUGAAACCAAUGAUUGGUUUCAUAUACAGAUAAGUUACAAUGGCCAUGUGUAUUAUUCACAGGGGAUUGGGGAAUAGUUGCAAUCACAGCAUUGUAAGAUGGUGACAGAUGUACCCCCCCAGUUCAGGGAUGGUUGUUCCCUCUUCACAUAGAUGGCCUCUUUGAAUUUUGACUCUUUGUUCAAAUCAGCAUUCCUCCCUAUCAAGGAUGUGCACAUCCUCAUCCCCUUAAAGAGUGGCCACUGGCCUGUAGUUGGGUGUAGACUGUGGAGUCCUGGUCUGACGUGUUAGCUCUCCUGUGUUGUUCCAUUCUCUUGGCCAGCGUCUGUUUGGUUUCCCUAAUGUACAAGUCACAGCAAUCCUCCUGGCACUUAACAGCGUACACUAUAUUGCUGUGUUUGUGCCAGGGGACGCGAUCCUUGGGGUGGACCAACUUCUGGUGCAGUGUGUUUUGGGGUUGCUUUCAAACCCCAAAUCUCAAAUUUGAGUGGUGUAUUUGGAAAAUACACCUCUCAACUUUUCUGCCACUCCUGCCACAUACGGAGUCACCACUGGUUUACGCUUAGACAGUUGUUGUCCUUCUCUUGUCUUCGAUCGGCUGGAGCACUGUUUGGGCAUCUUCCUGGCUUUGAUAAACGCCCAGUUAGGAUAACCACACUUAACCAGGGCCUGUUUAAUAUGGGCUUUCUCCCCUUCCCUAGCCGCUGUGCCGGUGGUGACAUUGUCAGCUCGGUGGUACAGCAUCCUGAUGACUCCUAGUUUGUGCUCCAGUGGAUGAUGGGAGUCAAACCUUAAGUACUGAUCAGUAUGUGUUGGUUUACAGUAAACAUCAACAAUCAAAUGUCCCCAAUCACCAAUUACAAUUUCACAGUCCAAGUCUAAAUCCAUAGUGUAUCCAUAGUAAUGUGAUGUUCUUUACCACCUACCAACGUGUUAAGUUUAGAUGCCAGAAACUUAAGAGAUGUUAUAGGUCACUGAGUGAAUCAUACAAACAAUAGGCCGAACUGGCACAUCCUGUUUAUGUAUCUUAGGUAGACCACAAAGACUAGGUGUAGCGUCCCCUGGGUAUAAUCUAUGGUACAAAAUUCUGUCGAUAGCAUUGUCCUGUUCUAACAGCUUCAGACAAUCACCUUUUUCAUGUAACCAUUGCCUGGAUCUUGUUUCAGGGGCUCAUCAGUAGUUGGUGUGAUUGAAAACAUUCCCCAAUCUUCUGUGAAUAGUACACAUGGCCGUUGUAACUCUGGUUAAUGGUCACGCCUAUUUGCAUAUGAAACCGAUCGUUGGUUUCGGUCAUUAUUGUUUAUAAGGGUGGGAAUACCUGCAGUCAGUUGAGACUGACGAAGUCACCUGGAUGAGUGAUGAAAUAUUUCUCCCACUAAGCGUUGUGUCCAGAUGAACUGAUUCACCUUUCUGUGAUUUCCUAACCUGGAUUAUUGAGCAUACAGACGGGGUGGGGGGUAGGUAGGUAGGUGUUGUCCCUAAAGAAGCAGUAGAAUCCCCAUGCAAGGAUGUCCCCUAUCAACAGUGCAAUCUCCAUUGCCCCAUCAUUUCACCCAUUAGCCUUUGGCGUUGGGAGUGGUUUCAGAGGGAGUCUCAGCAUUGUGACGUGUCCGUGCACUGUAUGCCAGGCAUCGGUGACUGACCAAAAGACAAGCCAUGCGGGCAAAGAGCAAGACAGCUAAGCUGCAGCUACUUUGCCGCCGCUUGACUUCAGCCUGCUUCCAAUAGAGUUGGAGCCACCAGCUAACGCUGCUGAGUAUGCCUGAUGGGGUUACUGAAGCCACAGUUUUGACCACACACACAUUACAGACCUCACUUUGUAAGCUGAAUGGAAGGGUUGUGGCUGUGUUUGGGUAUGGUGGGUAAGUGUGUUCGAAACGGAUUUCACUGCGAAAUGCUGUGUCAGUAUUAAGAUUUAUUUCUGUGCAACGUUUGAAAUGUUGAAAGCGUAUACGAUGACAAAGUAAUGUAGGAAAGCGUAUCAUAAACACAUAAAAUUAUACAGAGGCAAUAUAAGUGUAUAAAAAAAUAUUCUCAUUGAUGUAUUUUGCAUAUAUGCAUGUCUUCUAGGCUAUAAGGAAGAUUAGCUUCAUGCGAAAGCUUAUUUAAGUUUGUUUUAUUUGAAAGACAUUUAAUGCCCGAGGAAGAUUCUGAUUGAACUCAUGUUUUUCAUGGGCGUGUGUUUGUUUGUGAACGGGCUGUGUAUACUUGUGAGCAUAGUUGUGGAAAUGAAUUUGUCCUCACCACCGAAGUGAAAGUGUCAAGUCUGUUGGCCACGAGCGUUUUCUUUUUCUUUUGGUGAAGCCUGUUUUGUUGUUGUUUUUCCCCCCAUCAACAAAAUGUCUGUGGUUCUGGAAGACUUCAGGGUUUCUAAGUAGGAGGAAAGACGCAUUAUUUACAUCACAAAUUCAAACCCUGACUGCUGUUAUGACAGCAGAUACCAGCUGUUUGUUAUCGUGACGCCAUUUAUUUUAAAGAACAACGCCGUUACGUACAAGUUGGGGUUGAUGAAGCUGAACCGAACUAAAGGGGAAGUCUGCGCAGCUUCCUGUUCAUCCUUAAUUCCCUAAUUCCUCCAGGUGACUUGUGAAAUCAAAAAUACACCCAAAUGAUUGAGGGUUACAAACCAUCUUGGAAAAUAUUAUUGUGGCUCUGUUAUAGGGUAGGGUACAGUUUGUUUUUCUGGCGUGACUUGUCCUCUCAGAGAGCAAAUUAAUGGCGGCCACCGAGCAGUGGCCUACAUCCUGUGGCCUUGAGAAUUUUUGGCAUGACAGAACCACAGUCAGUGGUCUUUUCCAGGAUGUCGGUACACCGGCAGGCACACGGGGAGUUAGUUUUAGGUUUAAACAAACAGCGCCUAUGUUAAUUCUGAAAUGACACCAGAGGUGCCCUUUCCCACCUCUGUCAUCGGAACAAAACUAUGACGGCGUCUGUCCAUGGCAGGGCGAUGUUGGAUUCCUCCAGUACGCUCGAAACUAGAAUCUGGUCUGGCGGCUAACAUCACAGCUUUACUCAGACUAUGUGUGUUGGUGGGCUUUUCCCUCCUUCUAGUGGGUAGCUCUGUAGGUACACACCGCAGAAUAGUGGAAUUGCCCCCUAGCCACUUUGGAGUGCAGGUGGAGCUGUUGCCACAUGGCCUGCAAACUUCCCAGUUGAACACAGCUUCCUUUUUGGUGCCGGUCUGAUUCGGCUCUUCAGCAGACCGUUGGUGCGCAGCCCUCUACAGCUCCAAAUCUUUAUAUCGUUGGUUAUUUAGAGUAACGGUUACCUCUUUUCCUGCUCCAUCCCUUUUGAUUCUCCUCUCUUUUCGUCUUCUCUUCACGCUCAGACUUUUAUUUCGAGCCCAAAUUGCAUUCAGGGUUCAAGCUGUCUGUUGCCAAUGAUAAAUUCCUCCGAAAAUGGCCUUAACUUUAACCACAGGACUGUACCGUCCAUUUGAAGCACCGAGGAUGGGUUCACAUAUCUAUUGCUCUCACUCCGACGGUGUCAGAGAACUGCAGAAAUAUAUCUGGAUGUCUAUUUAUAUUCACAAUAGUAAAUCCUAGUAAAAUGCCAACAUUUUAAAAGAAUGCUGUAUUUGAGUUUGUAUGUACGUAGUAUUAUUUUAUAGUUACUCUUCCUCCUGACGUAUGGAAAAGAACCAUAGUUACCAUCGCACUAUUUUGUGGACACACAACGUGUAUCAGAAAUGUCACCGAUGCAAGGAAAACGACACUGAAUAAAAUGAUUUGAAUGAA